UCUACUUAGUUAGAUAUAAACAUUCGUAAGGAGUACAUGUGCACAGCGGAUUAACAUUAAUUAUAAUUUUUAUUGUUGUUUGUUUAAUUAAUAACAAUAAUAGGUGUAGUGCGUAGUGCGCGAGGCCAGUGUCGCGUGAGAGCUUGUAACCGCGAGAGUUUUGGCGUGUACGCGUCCGCUGUGGAGCUAAGCCCCCCAACAAGCCCGGCAAGUCGAGUCUCGUGUGUCCGCUGAUCCGGCUUAAACGUCACGCUCGAUCCGCUCCGGCAGUCGAUCAGCUGUUCUAAUCCUCCUCCCGCGGGUGUUUCUGUUUCUGCGCGGUCCCAAGGAUCGUCCAUCGAUCGGACCCUGUGUUCUGUGUCACGAAUCGACGGCAGUCCACCAACAAGCCGUGGUACGCAUUAACUUGGAUAAGCCAGCAUGUUUAGGCUGCAGUGAAGGUGUGUGAACACGAUCAAUUAAUCCACCGAAGCGGAACAAACCGAUCGCUAUGACCCAAGUGCAGUGCCAAUUACACAAAUCAAUGAAUGGGCCAUCCGUGUGAAGCGAGUGAUAUUUGAUGACACCUUUUGGAGUUCAGUGCAGAAGUGUCACAGCUAGAAACGGGUUGCCGGUUGGUACCUGAACCCUGAAGUGCUAUUGAAGUAAGAGUGCGUUGCCGACGUCCAGUGUACGCUAGCAAGUGCGAAAAGUCAGUGUGAUUUAGUGCGUUUUUACGGAACAAAACCCCAGUGCGAGAGUUGAUCAUUAGUUUCGUGGCCACCAGUGAGAAGAAAUAGCCGUUACAAUUUUUCCCUUCGGAGAGCUGCACUCGUCGUCGAUCGGGAGCCCCGGAAAUCCUACAGCACCAGCACCGCCGCCUGCCAUCAUCGGCCCCUCAGACCAGCAGCAGCAAAAAAUUAGCACCGUGGCGCUCCAUUCGACCGAGGCCCUGAUGGCGGGCUUUCUCAAGUCGACCGAUCUCGGUCCGCACGGUCCGCACGGAUAUGGCAGUUCGCAUCACCCGCACCAUGCCCAUCCGCACGGACCGUUGCCGCCCGGAAUGCCUAUGACAUCGCUUGCCCCGUUCGGCUUGCCCCACGGGCUCGAUGCUGUAGGAUUCCCGCAAGGUAUGUGGGGAGUCAACCCACGAAAGCAGCGGCGAGAGCGGACAACAUUCACCCGAUCCCAGCUGGACGUUCUGGAGUCGCUGUUUACGAAAACGCGCUACCCGGACAUCUUUAUGCGCGAGGAAGUUGCAAUGAAGAUCAACCUGCCCGAGUCACGAGUACAGGUAUGGUUUAAGAACCGGCGGGCCAAAUGCCGUCAGCAGCAGCAACACAUGACCUCCUCGAACCUCAACAGCAGCAAAACGUCCAGCAGUUCGUCCAGUUCGUCCACGCGGCAAUCCGGAGCCGGAACCGGUUCAUCAUCGUCAUCAAACAACAAUAACAACGCAACAGCCACCGGUGCCAGUAGUAAUAAGACUUCGUCGAUCGCCAACGCGAACAAUAAGCCCACGAUCAAACACACGCCCAUGAACAGCCACAAUAGCGCGUCUAGCAGUGGGGGCGGAGCAAACGGCAGCAAUACUGGCCCGAGCAAUCAUUCAAACAGUCACAAUGGUGCUAGUCUAGGAAUAACCCACAGUAAUGCCUCACCGAUCCUUCCCAUUACGCCCUCGACCUCGGUGAGUCCACCAAUCAAUGUGAUCUGUAAAAAGGAACAACCGUCCUUUCACCACGGCGGCAACAACGACUCCAUGAAGGCGGCCUCCGGUUACGAUCUUCUGAAAGAUCCCGAGAUGAGCCUAUCCCACCACACGCCGGCCUACGUGAACAUCAACUCUCGGUUAGGUCAGUCACAGGGUUCCGGCGGCAAUGGAGUAUCGAGCGGGCCUUCCGCCGGCAAUCUAACGCCUCUGGGUUCAAACUCUUCGAUAAUGACCACUCCUUCACCUCCAAUCACCCCGCAAACCUCACACAACCCCCUGUCGUAUAUGCCAAACCACGAGUCAUACAACUUUUGGCACAACCAGUACCAGCAGUACCCAAACAACUACAACACGCCAUCCUACUACAGCCAGAUGGAUUAUUUCCAGAACCAGAACCAGAGCAACUACAACAUGGGCCACUCCGGCUACACGACAUCGGCCAACUUUGGACUGGCGUCGACUUCGGCCCUCACCGGUCCUAUGGGCGGGCAGGCGUUCAGUUCCAACGGACUAGAUUACAUGAACCCACAGGACAAAUAUGUAAAUGGUAUGGUGUAAGCGGGUCCGCGGUUGCCAAUCAUAAGUUCUCAUAUCACGCGACAACGAUUAAGCAUUGGGGGACAAUUGUUGCCUUAGUUUUAUUUUCUUUGCUAAGUCUUCAAGCGCUGAUGGCUGAAUGGGGAAGGGCUGCUUAUGGUUUGGGUAAACCAUUUUUAUUGUCCAUCUAGAGUGGUUUUAGGAUCUCUUGAAAGACGAGAUUCGCAAAAAGGAAAACUGAAUGCUUCGAAGUUGGUAAAUGUGCACCUGAAAAUAAAACUCCCAUUGUUUUAAAUAGUCUAUCUCAAUAAAAUUGAGUGAACAACUUCGACUAUUUCCAUAAUCUUAAUUAUUUAUUACCUUCGCUCUUCGGUAGAUUCGAAACUUUAUUAUUUGUGUUACACAAUUGGACUUACAUUUUCUUGUUAUGAUGUACAAUCUCGUCCAAAUCCACGAUUAGACGAAAAGCUCUUCCUUCCCCAAAGCUUUGCAGCCGCAAUCAGUCGUAACAUCCCUGAACCACAACCCCCGCAAAAGCUGGUCUAGCUUCGAUCCCGCCAGUCUGCUCGCAACCAUAUCAAACCUAUGCGAAUCAUCCGGUUCGUUACCGAGUUUUGUUUACUGUUAUGUGCUACACCGUUUGAGCUGAGCCUCCUCGGCUCAAACGGAAACCAUUAUUUAUUCAUUAGGCUGCCAUAGGACGGUCGAACGAGGCGAAACAAUGAAGUGAAAUAGCGUAAGUUUCUCGCAAAAGUUCGCAUCUAGUGUAAAAAGAAUUAUAGUGAAUCAAUCAAAAUUGAGAGGAAGAAUCGAUAUCAAAUUGUUCAUAUCAGUAUUUUUUGAUAGGAUCAAAAAAAGAACGCAAGUAUUUAAAACGAGAGGAGAGAAACAAAAAAAAACAUACAUCGAUUUGCAAGCGCCAAAUGUGUUAAAAAUUCACUUAUAAAAGAAUUUGAACAGUGCAAAAGUUUAUCGAAGAAGGCGGUGUGUCCAUCUGUGGAGCUCGGCCUGCUUGAAGCAAUUCCUGCACCACACCCCCGGGACGGGAACGAAACCGUGCAGGUAAACUGAUAUUAAAAAUGCUCACUCGUAUGUAGGGUAGUUAAGGAAUCGCUGAAUUUACAACGGUGAGAUAAAUUGUGCAAUUUAUGUUCGAAAAAGUAAUACAAAAAAAAAACUGAAACGAAAGGGGGCGCUUACCAGCGGGCAUGAUUCUGUGUGAUAAGUACUCGCGUAUUCUCGUUUCCUCUCGCCAUCUAGCCAGAAAUACUCAAGCAAGACUUGAUUCGUUUUAUUAAUGUUUACUGAAAAGAUAUUUUUUUCAGUCGAUUUUUUAUUUAAGACCUACCGUUUCCGAAGAGCUGCUGAAAUGGAAAGCAAAAUGGAAACCACGAUAAGAGUUAGGUAAAACAUAAGAUUACACGAAUAAAUGCAAAUUCAAAAUGCUACAUAGUUGUACAUGGAUCGCUGACUUAGAGAUAAUGUAAGCAAAUGCGCUCUUCCGUUCCCUCGGGAGAUCGCCAACAAGAGGUUAUCGAAUCACGAAAGAUGUAAAAAAAAACAGAACAAAGGCAACAUAAUGGUUAUGUGUCGAGUAAAUGAUUGCUAAUUAAUGGAUAAUUAAGUAACUGAUCAGAUAAUCUCCUAUUGUACAUAGUAAAUCGAAAUAUUAUAUGAUUAUAUUAUCUCAAAGUAAUAAAAAAUAUGAAAGUAUAUUAAA